CUAUCAUAUAUCACGCUACCUCGUAAAAACGACACUGAGGAUUCUGGGCCAACAAAUCAGAGAGAAAAAAUAUGAGUUCUUAUUAUGUGGAUGGUCUUCUUAGCAAAUAUACGGCGGGUAGUUCUCUCUUCCCUAACGUAGAGCGGGCGUCUUGCAGUAUUGGACCCAGUGGAGAGGACUAUGCCUCGGCUCGGACUGCUGCGGCCAUUGCGUUUUCGCCAUCUCUGUCUGGAGUUUACAGCGUCAAUAAUGCCGUGUACCACAGCCGCCCCGUGUUUACCUCGGGGUAUGGCCCGGGGCCGGACACACAUGCGCUGCACUGCAGUCUGUUUGACCAGAGCCGACUGUUCACCGACAGCUGCUGCCCUCCGGAGCCGGGACCCCUUACCUUGCCGCCGGACAAACAUUACCGGAUGUACCCCUGGAUGAGAGCAUCAGAUCCAAAUCGAAAGCGGGGGCGGCAGACCUACUCCCGGCACCAGACCCUGGAGCUGGAGAAGGAGUUCCACUUCAACCGGUACCUGACCCGCAGGAGGAGGAUCGAGAUCGCCCAUGUCCUCUUCCUCUCCGAGAGACAGAUCAAAAUUUGGUUUCAGAACCGCAGGAUGAAGUGGAAAAAAGACCACAAGGAGGAAUCGACGUCGACCCUCGGGGCAAAGGAGGCUGAUAUCCAGGUGGUGUCAGAGGCCAGAGAGGACGAAGCGGGAGACGCGCGCAGCUCCGAGCUGGAGUCAGACACAGCUGCAAAGUAACGAAAGACACGGACAGAGCAUUUAAUGAAACACACUGCUUAGUAGGGAUUAGGGAUUUAUCUCAGCUGUUUCUAUACCAUUCAUGCACUAAGAGGCUGAUGAAUUGAAUUACAACUGAAGAGCAUUAUGUAAUAAGCGUUUAAUAAUAUACUGUAGGUCUGAAUUUCAUAUUUAAAGCCAAAACUUAUUCAAAGGCUCUGCAAGACGGCCUAACUAUCCAAACUAUAUAUUUUUAUAUAUGCAAUGCGUCGUGUCAUUUAACGUGAUCGUACUACUGAGUCAACAUUCCUGAACGAAAAACUACCUAAUAUUCACACGCUAAUAUUAAAACGCUGACAUGGGGAAUUCAACUUAUGUUGAAAUUGACUGUACAUUAAUCUAUUCUACCUAUUCGAGUGAUUCUUCUCCACGGACGGUUGUAUUUUCUCAAAUUAACAAAUAGGCCAGUCUGCUUAAAUGUGCCUUAGGCUAAUUAAAAAGAAAUUUUUGUUAAAUGCCUCCAAAUGUGAUGCUUCGUUUGAUUUCAGUUCGUGGACAUUUUUUGUAUAUAUGCGUGCACGUAGAAUGUGUAUAUGCCUGUUUUUGCUAUAUUUACCCCUUUAUACAUCCCAGGAUUAUCAGAUAUUAUGUUUAGUUUCGGAUGAUGCAACCUACCUCGCCAACGUGCUUAUGUUGCUACAAACAGGAACACCCUUGUGGGUAAAUGUUCGGAAGUCUCAGCCGCGUAAUGUAAAAUGCUCUUUGCCUUUUCUAUUUACGAGGGGAAAAUAUGGAGGCUCACAAUUUCACACUUGUUUGUUUAUGCCAACAAUAAACGCAUGCAUAUUUAUUUAAACGGCAUUAAAUUUUACUAUAACGUUACUAGUUUUUCUCGGUGUAAAAUGAAUAGGCUAUUUUAAUCUAAUAUGGGAAAUACUGUGACAUAUUUAGGUUAAUUGGCCACGGUUUUAAUGUGAAGUAUAAAGAACAUAACCUCUGGGAAUGUCUUAAAGCUGUAAAUGAAAAUAUAAUUGAAUAAAAUAGCGUUUACUUGUC